UGGGGAAGAUAGAAAGUAAGCGUCAUCGAAAAUUGAUAUUGGUUAUGGACGCCAUUUUCUUGUAAAAAUCCGAAAAGCUAAGUAGCAAUGUCUUCUCGGCGUUCUCAGCUUUUUGUUGGACGAUUACCUUUAGAUUCUAGAGAAAGGGAUAUUGAAGCAUUAUUUGAACGCUAUGGGAGUCUGGUGAGAUGCGAUUUAAAAUAUGGAACUGGAAUGGCAUAUGCAUUUGUUGAUUAUGAAGAUAAAAGAGAUGCUGAGGAUGCUAUAAAAUAUGAAAAUGGACGUGAUCUUCGUGGCCAAACUAUUGUGGUGGAAUGGGCACGAGGCCCAUCUAGCCGCCCUCCAAUGCGUAGCAGGACCAGUGCAGAAUGUUAUCGAUGCCAUCGACAUGGUCAUUGGGCCCGAGAUUGUCCAGAACUAGAGAGAGAUAGAUACAAAGCUCGACGUUACUCUCGCUCACGUUCUCGUUCCAGGAGGAACAGGUACAGUUAUAGCAGAAGCCGUAGCCCUUCUAGAGGCCGUUGGGGGCGUCGACGUCGAACUCCUAGCCAAGUUCGUUCUCCUAGUUACAAUAGAUCAAGACGUCCAAAGAAGAGGACCCCAACUCCAGCUAGUUCACGAUCACGUUCCAGGUCUGGAAGCAUUGAUAAGUCUAAAUCCAAAUCUGAUAAGAAAUCAAGGCGAAGCUCAAGUAAAUCUGUCAGUCGUAGUCCAAGCAAGCCACGAAGCAGAAGUGUCAGUAAAACACGAGAUCGGAGUAUGAGUCCUCGCAAGUCUCGAAGUUCAAGUCUGCGAAAAGAUCAAAGUCCUCCUCCCAAAGAACGAAGUAGGAGUCCCAGUAAAGACCAUACUCCAGAGCGCAGGGAAUCUCACAGUCGAAGUCGCAGCAAAGUUAGCAGAUCCCGCAGCAGAAGUAGAAGCUUGGAGCAAAAGAAAAGGUCUAAAAGUCGAAGCUCUUCUCCUGGUGACUUGAGGGACAGUGUUGCCAAUGGAGAAAGAGGUAGGAAGAGAGAGCGUCACGCAAGUGGAUCCGUUUCUCCGAGAAGUAAAAGUCGCAGCCGCUCCCGUAGUCCCAGUUAUGAAAAAGAAUCUGGCCGUGGCGCCAAGGGUAGAGAAAAGUGGAGCCAGUCUCCAUAGUCAUAUCAUGCGGUAGUUAACAUGUUACUCCAAGCUUUCCAUUUUUGAAAGAGAAAUAGCAAAAUUCUGCGAAAGAACAUGAACUUUUUUUCUCCCUCCUUUGUCUGAGAUUCUAUUUCUUUCUAUACAAUAUUUCAUUACUGUCUCCAAUAAAGACAAUGUUUUUAA